AUGGUGCUGAGCCGGCUGCUCGGCCGCUGGAGUCUCACCGCGCUGGGAGCCGCUUGCGCCUGCCGCGGCCUGGGUCUAGCCCAGCUGGGACUUCUCCAUCACACAGAUUUGAGGAAGAGCUUGACCGUGGAACAGGACGCCAUGAAGGUUGAGUUAUUGCCUGCCCUGACAGACAACUACAUGUACCUGAUCAUCGAUGAGGACACCAAGGAGGCCGCCAUUGUAGACCCAGUGCAACCCCAGAAGGUGGUAGAAAUGGCAAAAAAGCACGGCGUGAAGCUGACUACGGUGCUCACCACCCACCACCACUGGGACCAUGCUGGCGGGAAUGAGAAGCUUGUCAAGCUGCAGCCUGGAUUGAAGGUGUACGGGGGUGAUGAGCGGAUUGGGGCCCUGACUCACAAGAUCACACACCUGUCUACACUGCAGGUGGGGUCUCUCAACGUCAAGUGCCUGUCAACACCGUGUCACACUUCUGGACACAUCUGCUACUAUGUGAGCAAGCCUGGCAGUUCCGAGCCCUCUGCUGUGUUUACAGGUGACACCUUGUUUGUGGCUGGCUGCGGGAAGUUCUUUGAAGGGACAGCGGAUGAGAUGUACAGAGCCCUGAUCGAGGUCCUGGGCCGGCUCCCUCCGGACACAAGAGUGUACUGUGGCCACGAGUACACCAUCAACAACCUCAAGUUCGCUCGCCACGUGGAGCCCAGCAACACCGCCGUCCAGGAGAAACUGGCCUGGGCCAAGGAGAAGUACCGCAUGGGGGAGCCCACAGUGCCGUCCACCAUGGCGGAGGAGUUCACCUAUAACCCGUUCCUGAGAGUGAGGGAGAAGACGGUGCAGCAGCACGCGGGCGAGACGGACCCGGUCGCCGCCAUGAGGGCCAUCCGCAAAGAGAAGGACAGUUUCAAGGCGCCCCGGGACUGA